CUCUGCCUAACAUAUACCCCAUAACUGACCUUUUCUCUCUGUGUUCUGCUUUCUGAAAUGACCGCUGACGUAAGCUCUCUCCUACGGUUACUAAGUAGGUACAAUGACGAUAGAACGACGGUAAAAGAUCUCCCCGGACCAGGAUCGUCGGUGACACUCAUGACUCGUGAUCUCCUUGGAAGUGGCAGCUGUAGAGGAGGAGGAGGCGAUAAGUCGCUGGAGCUUGACCUUGACCUACAAGUCCCCAACGGCUGGGAAAAGCGUCUUGACUUAAAGUCAGGGAAAGUGUAUCUACAAAAACGCAACUCAACAACUUCGUCUCAUCAUCAUCGUCGCGCAGAAGAAACCAACAAAACUUUUCAGACGUUUCAAGAUUUAAAUAUUCCUAGCAAGUCUCCGGUGAGACCAUUGUUAAGCCUCUUCGACGACACAAGCCUUGAACUGAAGCUAGUCCCGUCUUCAUCAUCAUCAUCACCAGCAUCAUCAUCUUCAUCUUCUUCUUCUCUAUGUGUUUCAUCGGCCAGUUCUAGUUUCCAGAGCGUUUGCACACUCGACAAGGUGAAGUCGGCUCUUGAGAGGGCGGGGAAAGUUUCAUCCGGAACGUUAAAGAAACGCAAAUCACCAGAAGAUAGCGUUUGCGAUCAAACCGCGUCUCCCGUGGCGGUUGGAUGUCCAGGGUGCUUAUCGUAUGUGUUGGUGAUGAAGAACAAUCCGACAUGUCCGAGGUGUCAUUCGUUUGUAGCUUUGCCUUCCGUGAAAAGGCCUAAGAUUGAUCUCAACAUAUCGGUUUGAACAGCCUGGGGGAAAGAUUGAAUGUUUCUAUUUUGUAGGUUUUAAUUAUGUAAAUCAUAGAUAAUUCAGGGGUUUAAUUGAAAAAGAAAAAGAAAGACAUGUGUGUUAUUGAAAAUGGAUGUGUUAAUCCCUUAUGAUAAAGCCAACUAUAAGUGGUACGAAAAUGUUAAAUCUGAUAUACUAUAUUACAUAAUUCAAC